AUGGUAACCGGAUAUAAAAGUGGUAGUUAUUCAUUGUCACUCUCAUCAUUUUCUUCUUCUUGUUCUUCAUCUUCUUCUUCUGAUUCACUUUCUCCUUCUGAAUCGGUUAGCCCAGUUGUUUCAAUUUCUACAUCUACACCCCUUGGCACGUCACAUAAUCUAACUAGCUUACCAUUAAGUAUUCCCGCUUUCAUAGUUUUUAAUAUACGAUCACGGUACUCCGGAUCCCUAUUCCGCCAUUCUAAACAAUCGUUGUAUGUCUGGCAGCCAAUUGACAUUAUGGUGGGUUUGGGCGACGUUUGA